CAACUCCCGUCAUCGGCGUGAGGCUGCCGCAAUUGUUACCCUGUGUUACCUGUGGGCGAGGUCACACCAUUCAAGUACCACCCAGUCUCCCUUUGCCAUCCGACCUUGCAAUUCAUGCGAAAUCCUCAGCUGCCGUUCGCUAGAUGCGCCUGUUAGAUAGCCUUCCCGGGUUCAAAAAGACGACUGUCAUUUUACCGACCGAUACCGUAGUGUUCAUCAUAGGUCCCCGUGGUUCAGGAAAGAGUCUGUUUAUGAAAACCCUUCUGCAACUUGAAAAUGUUCGUGUUCGAGCCAGCAAUAGCCGGAAUCCCGACGCCACAGAUGUUCAUGCAGAACGGUGCCGUUUCGAUGGAAAGAAAAGUGACGUUGUUAUCGUAAGGACGCCAUCUUUUUACACCGAAGGUUCAGAUGGGGAGGAGACAUUGAAAAAGUGGAUGGAUUCAAACUAUACUAAACCGUGCAAAGCGGUUGGAGUAUUGUGCAUGCAUGACCUUGCGUUCAAUGCAGGCGACGCAAAUAUGGAGGUCUCGAAACAUCUUGGUGCUUUCCGGCACACAUGCCGUCGAAAUCUCAUUCCAAGCGUCAUUCGCGCCGUCCCAACUUUGUCCCACGUCGCACAGUUGUCUAACGAGAGAAUCGAAGCAUCAGUGACCGAAUUUCGACGUCAAGCAAAUAAUGAAGGUGUACAGUUUUGUAGCACCUUGCCUGACGGAAAUCCCUUUGAUAGAAAGCCCGAGACGGCGUGGGGCAUCGUCCAGGAACUCUUGGCAUCCUGCGAUAAUGGAAACGUAAGAGUUCCUAGAAACAACCUCGCGAGCUCCGUUGGGAAGGCAGAGGUCAAGGAUGAUAUAGCUGGAACUCGGGCAAAAGAGCCCAUCUUCCUUCCGAUGGGACCUACCCUGAAAGCUACUCCCCCGCAGCUCCCAAGUAGUUGCCUAGCUGUUGAAAAUUCUGCCGAUCGCUUUGUUGAAGAGUUCAGUGGGCAUGGCAGUUUGGACACGAUAAUCAUGUUCGAACGAACUGUGCUGGAAUCAACACCAGACCACGCAGAACACUAUCAUACCCUCAUCCAUCUCGCCGAUCUCCUAAAUGACCGCUUCAAGCUGGAAGGGUCGAAAGAGGAUUUGGACGAAGUAAUCGCGCUGAGGCGAACUGCGUUAGAAUCCUUUGCUCCAGAUGACCCCCAAAGUCAGACAAAUCUUCUCCAGCUCGACGAUUGCCUUUAUGAACGUUUCAGGAGGGAUGAUGCCAUAGCAGAUUUAGAGGAGAUCGUGUCGCUUCGCCGAGUUUUAUUAGAACGUACACCCACGCCGAAUCGCUGCAAGCCUCUUCUUAACCUUGCUAAUUCCCUUCACGAAAGGUUCCAAAAACAAGGUUUGGUGGAGGACAUCGACGAGGCCAUUAUCCUUGCGCGUACUUUGUCGGAGCUGUGCCCCCCAGAGCAUGCCGAGUAUGCACAGUCUCGGGGAUGUCUCCCACGUUACCUCAAAGCGAAGUUUAGAGCGGGGAUUGCCCAGGCUCACCCAAAGAGACCCCAGAUCGAUCCUUCAUGUUCCGGUUCUUUCGAUAUCAAGCAUUUCAUCAAAAAGAGCUGUUUCGAAACGAUUAAAAACCUUCCGCCGCACCUGUUACAUACUCCGACAGGGGCCAUGUGUAACCGAAAGGCUCAGCUAUCUCACUUCGAGCGUAGCUAUCAAUACAAGCAGCUCCUGUCCACAGCCCAUUUACUCACCGAGCAGCAGCUCCAAACGGCGAUCGGUAGUGCGGUUACAGACUUCUUUCAAAUUGCCAUGCUGUCUCACAGGUGGGGGAGUGAUGAGCCCUUACUACGUGAAAUCGAAGGCAAAAAGAUCUAUAACCUGCGCGCCAUAGAUGGUUUGGCAAAACUCCAAUAUUUCUGCGCUCUUGCUCUGGAAAAAAAUUUCCAGUGGGCAUGGAGCGAUACGUGUUGCAUCGACAAAGAUAGCAGCACCGAAUUACAGGAGGCGAUUGGGUCUAUGUUUUCUUGGUACCGCCGGUCAUCCCUGACGAUCGUGUACCUUUCCGAUGUCUCCGACGCUGGUUCACUUGCCAGUAGUGUCUGGUUCCAGCGAGGCUGGACACUCCAAGAGCUGUUAGCUUCACCCACCGUCCUCUUCUAUACGUACGACUGGUCGCUCUACACGAAGAAUGAUAGCACGAAUCACAAGACAGAUCCUGCUGUGCUCCAAGAGCUCCAGGAGGCUACGGGAAUAGCUAAGUGGCACCUUACCGAUUUCCACCCCGGCGUGGAUGAUGCACGAUUAAGAUUCCAUUGGGCAUCGCGCCGUCGCACCACUCGACCAGAAGAUAUAGCCUAUUCCCUUUUUGGAAUCUUCGAGGUUCAAUUGCCAGUCCUCUACGGCGAAUCCGCGGAGAAUGCACUCGGACGUCUCCUGGUAGAGAUCAUCUCACGUUCUGGAGAUGUUUCGGUCCUGGAUUGGGUCGGGGAGCAGUCGUCAUUCAAUAGUUGUUUCCCUGCCAACCUCGCACCGUAUUGCGUGAUACCCCAGGACUGCUCGACCCUCAACGACCCCACUAGACGCAGCGCUCUGGAUACUGCAAAGGCACGGGAGUUGUAUAGAAGCUCAUGUUCAAUGCCCUCCAUCAUCCACAAGGUCACCAACGUCAGCCAGCACAGUUUCUCGACUAGCUCCUCACGUUACGCAUACGUGAUUCACGCAUCACACCUUGGGCCUGUCAAUAUCACAUUGUCGCACCAACUUAGUGACAAGUCUGGUGCAUAUAUCCUUGUCCGUCCUUGGGAUCCGAAAUCACUGGAAACGCAGACCGAGAGCGAUGACGAGGCUGUAUGGGAGCAGUUGGAACAGCUGACGCAGCCAUUCAGCGCACUCCUACUCGAGCAGUUGCAUUACAACGAAUACAAGAGAAUUGCAAGUGACUAUAUGAUUACCGCCCAUGUUCAGGACCUGGCCAGUAUCUUAGAUACUGAAGUGCUGGUAUUGGGGAUUGUUGACCAAGCCUCAUAUAUCGAAAUGGAACACCGUAGGGAAGUUGAUCUCAUCUACGACGUUUCAGACAAUCAUGUGAUGUGGAUUGCUCGUCGCGGGCCACCUCCUAGCAACCAGUAUUUAUUUUGUUGCGACAUUGAAGGCCAUAUACAAUGUGCAACACAAGCUGAAAUUGAAUGGGGAGAACAGCACCGAAAGCGGCUUAUAGCUAACUGUACGAACGAACAUAACAAGAAAAUGACUUGUGAUUGCGACCAGGCAAAUGACGUCGCUCGAACUCCCUCUGCUCCCCUGGCAUGGCAUUACGUGCUUACGGUGCUCUCAUCGCUAAUUUGGUAA